AUGUCCGCCAUUGGAACCCUCGUCUUCUGCACCGAUUGCGGUAACCUUCUGCCCGCGUCAAUGGGCACGCAGAAGAACACCCUCACCUGCAAUUGCUGCGGUGCCGAUAACAAGGACACUGGCACCAAGACGAUUAAGACUCAGACCAAGCCUUCCGAUUUCCCUUCGCACCUCAGACAGAAACUCCAGUCCAACGUCCAGGCCGUCGACAGGGCCAACGUCAACACCGAGGCCACGAUCAGGGAGACAUGCCCCAAGUGCGGCGCGGAGGAGGUCCGCUUCACUGCCGUGCAGCUCCGCAGUGCCGACGAAGGCAGCACCAUUUUCUUCACCUGUGAAUGCGGUUUCAAGUACGCCAAUGCCUCUUUUCAUUCCGACCGAGCUAGCUUUUCCCUCUUUAUACUAACCGAUUUAUUUCCAGGUGGUCUCAUAACAACUGAAAUGCACUAA